AUGCAGAACACAUCAAAGUGUUGCCUGCCUAGUUCGUAUAGUGGCAGAAACGCCAAGUAUCCAGAGAGAAAAUUGGAAAAGUUAAAAUGCCCAGAAAACGGUAGAAGACAAAGUGACCAGUUUCCACAUUCUGAAUUUGAAAAUACUGUACAUCAACCUUUAGCCCCCAUUUAUCAUGCCCCUGUAUCAAAUUUGUCUCAUCCGCAAGUUAAUGAACGACAAUCGCAUACCGCUCCGCUCAGCCGACGUUCUUCCGAUCACUAUCAGCAACUUACUCCUAACAAUCAACAGACUGCUUUUCAUGAUUCUUUACAAGACCUUCUUCAGGACACUAAUUUUGCCGAUAUGCAUUGUCAAUCUCCCUUCUCAGCCACAGAACCUUCAAUCCAUGUUGAGGAACCAUCCUCAAUGGAACCGGAUGCAAAUGAAACUCAAGCAUCCCAAGACGUUCACCCUGCAAGGAAAGCCAGUAAAUCACUGCGUGUGUUUGAGUCCUCAACUUUAAACCCUAAUGAUGCCAACAAUAACACCUUGCAUCCAGUUCCUGAGAAUGAUUCUCUAGGACGAAAUUCCCCUGCAGUCCCUGAUCAAAUCACGAAAUACUCUCAUCAAAAUUAUCAUUCAAACUCUACCCCCGCCCUUCUUGAACCUAAUGUGGGCAGUGCACACCCUCAAGGAAUUUUAACGACAACUCCAAAAGCUUCUCGAGGUCGUAAAGAAGGAUCCACAAGUUCCAAGACCACCGCUACAUACAUUCCUCACCACCCUUCUACUAGGUCAUCUCAACAUUUACCUCUCUUACCUGAUGCAUCGUUUGAAUUUGAUCGCUCUCUAUCUCGCCCUCGUACUAGCCCCUUGUCUACUCCCCGUUCUUCAUUUUCCUCAAAAUCGUCUUCUCCUCCGGAUGACAAUCCCUUUUUUAAUUGGAAUGUUGAUUAUCCAAUUACUGUCCAGUUAGAACCUUUCAAGCAUCAAGUUGGUGGCCAUACGGCUUUUUUCCGGUUUUCUAGAAGAGCUGUUUGUAAGCCGUUGACUCGCAACGAAAAUACUUUUUAUGAAACCAUUGAGACCUGCCAUCCUGAAUUGUUACCAUUUAUUCCUAAAUACAUCGGUGUUUUGAAUGUCACUCAUACCGAAACAGAUCAGAAGAAAGACGAAGCAGAAGGAACUGAAAAUGAUCGUGACGUUACCCAGUCUUCCUCUAAAGCUGCCAAAAAAAACGUGUAUGGACAAUCGUCUCAACGACAACCAUGUGGAUAUAUCCCGGAAGUCAGUGUGGAACAAAAUCGGCACAUUUUUCCUGAAUGGAUGCUACCCGGCCAGAUUCGACAUGAUACUGAAAGCGAUCACAACAAAUCUAGCUCUAUCGAUGAUCGGCCAUCUUCUAAUGAUGGAGAGUCUUCACAACCUCGAAAAACGCCUUGGGGUACUACAUUGAUCAAUAGAAAGCUACGUGAACAAGUAUUAAAAGAAGUUUUUGCCCCUAAACAUGCUCGUCAAUCACAAUCACUAGGAUCUCGCUACAAGUUAAGGAAGUCGCACCGAUCGAGCAGACCCUCUGUUUUUAGAGAUAACACUGUUAAUAUUUACCAUUUUGAUCAUAACUCUCGCUCCAGACGAAAUUCUGAGGCUGAUCCUAAUAAGAGCUUGUCGUGUAGUGUUGAAGAUAAGUCUUGUGAUAUGUGCACGGCUGUUGACGAGGAAAAUGAAGAAAUGGACUAUGAUCCUUUAAGUAAGCAGAACAAAGGUUCUCGAAACCAAAGACGAUACUCUUCUGAUGCUGUAUGGGAGGAGCCAGAAUCCAGCGAAUUCCCCCGUUUAUCUGAGAUGUUGGGCGAUUACGAAUGCAAACCGGGUUUGCCGAAAUCAUCUACGUAUAUUGAAAAUUCCAAGAAAUUGCAAGCUCAAAAAAAUGCAUCAGAAGUGCCUAUGUUCGCCAUGGACAACGAAGACUUAUAUGAAGGUCCUCCUCCGCUUGAAGCUGUUGACAAUAACAUAUCAGAUGACCAACCGCAUAGAACCACUUCAUUCCCGAUAUUGCCAAAGGCAUCACAUGAAGAACAAGAUGUACCAAAGCAUUCCAAGGAAGAAGACAGCUCCUUGCAUAGAGCGACUCAAAUAGAACGCUAUAUUGUCAUUGAAGAUUUAACGAGUGGAAUGAAUCGUCCUUGCGUUCUGGAUGUUAAAAUGGGAACUAGGCAAUAUGGUAUAAUGGCCACUGAAAAGAAGAAAGCUUCUCAAACAAAAAAGUGUGCAAUGACUACGUCUCGUGUUUUAGGUGUCAGAAUAUGUGGAAUGCAAGUGUGGCAUUCAUGGUUUCAAUCAUACACGUUUGAGGACAAGUAUGUUGGUAGAGAUAUAAAAGCAGGCGAGGAGUUUCAGCUUGCAUUAAUGCGGUUUUUGGGAUGGACGGAGGAUGAUGAGGAUAAUGAACAUUUACUAAUACAUCAUAUCCCUGCUAUUUUACGAAAAUUAAGACAUCUGGAACAGAUUGUUCGUUUGUUAAGAGGUUCUAGAUUGUAUGCGAGCUCUCUUUUAUUUAUAUAUGAUGGUGAACCUUCACCGAACAACGGAUCAAGUAGUUCUUUAGAUCACGAAGGAGCAAACUCAAGAGAGAUUGACAUUAGAAUUGUCGAUUUUGCAAAUUGCGUUUUUGCAGAAGACAAAAACAUGCUCUCGGAAGCAACUUGUCCUCCUCAACACCCCGAUUCGUAUGACAAAGGAUAUAUUAGGGGUUUGCGUACUUUACGCCUUUAUUUUUCUAAAAUAUACCGAGAGGCAAAAGGAAUGCGCGUUGCUGAACGUGGUUAUGAAGAUAAUCUCACCGAUGCUUGCGAUGAGCUAGGUGAAGAGCUUGACUUUCCUGAUGAAGACGCUGAUGCUUGCGGAGAUGCUUCUACUUGA